UAGGAUGUCUCCUCUCCUGUAUUUCCUCCUUCUGAUAAGCCCUUUAUUGGCGGUCCACACAAACAACUGGGUGGUGAUAGCAGAUGCUAGCCGGUAUUGGUUUAACUAUAGACAUGCUGCUAACGCUCUCUCAAUCUACUACUCUGUUAAACGAUUAGGUAUCCCAGACAGUCAUAUAAUUUUGAUGUUAUCUGACGAUAUGGCUUGUAAUCCUCGUAACCCAACUUCCGCUCAGGUGUUUAACAACAGAGAUAGACACGUUCAGAUAUACCCUGACGAUGUGGAGGUAGAUUACAGAGACUCGGAGGUUACCGUAGAGAACUUCUUCAGAGUACUCACUGAUAGGCUACCUGAGGGGACCCCGAGUUCUAAGAGGCUUAUGAGCGAUGAGAAUAGUAACAUUCUCGUGUAUAUUACUGGACACGGGGGUGACGGAUUCCUCAAAUUCCAGGAUACCGAAGAAAUGAAUGCUUUGGAACUUUCUGAUGUCUUCCAACAGAUGCACGAGAAGAAGAGGUAUAACGAGCUGUUCUUCAUGAUAGAUACAUGUCAAGCAGGAUCAAUGGUUCUCCCUAUCAAGUCUCCCAAUAUCAUUGGAGUAGGGUCCAGUACAGUGGGCCAGGACUCGCUCUCACAUCACGGUGAUAAAGAGAUAGGGGUCUAUGUAAUUGACAGGUUCACUUACUUUACACUGGACUUCCUUGAGAAAGUACAACCGAACAGCAAGGCAACUCUAAGUGACCUUUUCAGGGUUUACUCCACAGCAGAGAUAAGAUCCACUCCGCAGUACUCCAACUUAAACCUGUUUAAAACCAGAAAACCAGGUGAUGUCCUCAUAACUGAUUUCUUUGGUAGUGUGCGACAAACCGUGCUGUUCGAUCAGCAGGUUGCACCACUAAAUAGGACUGCUGUGUCGGACGAACUGAAGGUUAAUGAUGGGAAUUUUGAGGUUCAGUUGGAGGCUGUGUCUCAGUUACCUUUCUGAUGGAAAUAUUUUAGAUUUCUCAGUUAAGCUGAGCUGUCUAGGUGUUGCUACAUUUCACCAAUAUUUAUAAUUUUUUUCUUUAUUGGUCCAUUUGAAGAUUUUAAGUUUGGCUUUUAUAUUUUCGUUUUGACUGGUAUUAUCUAUCUUCUUUGUUUCGGAGGAAAUGUUUUACAUUAUUAUCAGUUUUGAUGCUAUUAUUUAUUUCACUAUAAUUCACAAUUUCAUAUUUCUGUAAGAAAUGGUUUUGUUGUUUUACAGAAAUGAACUCGCCUUAACAGUGAGUAUAAAUUAAAGUGCUCACUAAGACUACAUUGUCGUAAUGUCGUUGCUAACAUUUGUUUACUAUUUAAACUUAA